GCUGCCACUGAGGGGAUUACAAUCAAAAGAGGAUUACUGUCGGAGAGUCUCGCUGGUGUAAAACGGCUGAUAAGGAGAAGAUGGUAUCUGGAUCAGACAAACUGGUUCAUCUCGGAGGCAGAUAAUGAAAAUCACAGAGUUGAGAGGACUCGUCAUGCAGAUUGUGUGUGCCUGUUAGCCUCAUGAUGUCUGUAUUUACUUCUCUUCACCUUUCUCUUUACAGCAUUGGUGUUUCUGAGUAAUGGAGACGGUUAUUGCUCAUUUUUUUGUUGCAGGUCAUUGUCUUGGCGUCUGUCCUUUUCUGACCACAGCCCUCUGAACUCUCUGGCUCUGUCUCGGAGAGUUUCCUCAAACACUGUUGUAUCAUCUCUCAGACAUUUAUCAUCCUGCCCUAAACGUCUCCCAUCCUUCCAAACCGAACCCUUCCCUUUAUUCCGAUUGUUCCAUAUUUUUUGAUUUAGUUAUAUUUACUUUGAAUUUGUGGUAGAUUACCAUCACAUAUUUCCCUGUGUGUCCUCCCUGCUCUCUCUCCUCCACCCUAGUUCCUCCUCCAGUCUCUAAUUGGCUUUCAUUACUUUACCGUUUCCGCUCAGUUUUUCCUCAGCCAGGCUCUUGUGGGGAGGAUCAGCUUCAGCUGGACUCUCCUCGACACUCACGGAUAUCAGCAGCUCUUAAAGUCUUCAUCACUUCAGCCACUGUGACACUGCAAUGACCUCACUCGGGUGGUUAUCCUUGUUGCACUCCCUCCUUGUCCUACAAGUCCACUGGUCCGACCAGUUAGAGGACAACAAGAUCCCACCCAGUCUGUGUACGGGUCACCCUGGUAUCCCGGGCACUCCUGGAGUUCAUGGCAGUGCUGGUCAGCCAGGAAGAGACGGGAGGGACGGGAGAGAUGCUGCUCCCGCCGAGAGGGGAGAGAAAGGGGAAAGGGGAGACUCAGGUGAGACAGGAGUACGAGGCCUGACUGGAGACAAAGGCGACCUAGGUGACAAGGGGGAGAGGGGCCAACAGGGCGAGUGCGCCGUGGCCCCCAAAUCAGCAUUCAGUGCCAAACUAUCUGAGGGCCACACUCUUCCCCUCACUGUGGGGGACGCGCUGUGCUUUGACAAGAUCCUGCUGAAUGAACAGGGCGACUACAGCACAGAGACCGGACGCUUCACCUGCAAAGUCCCUGGAGUGUAUUACUUCAGCGUCCACGCCACCGUUUACCGGGCCAGCCUGCAGUUUGACCUGAUGAAGAACGGACACACGGUGGCAUCUUAUUUUCAGUAUUAUGGAAACUGGCCCAAACCGGGGUCACUGUCUGGCGGCUCCCUGCUCCACCUUGUCCCUGGCGACCAGGUGUGGGUCCAGAUGGCUCUGUCAGAGUACAAUGGGUUUUACUCCAGCACCAAGACGGACAGCACCUUCACCGGCUUCCUGGUGUACUCCGAAUGGAAGAACUCUGCUGUGUUUGCAUGACAUGUGCUUAAGAACAAAACAAAGUCACUUUCCUCUGUGAGAAAUGAAUCACAACCCUUUUUAUAAGAUUCCUAAUUGCGAUGUUCUGGAUAAUGACAAGUGAAUUGGCUGAGAUGUGUGCCACAGCUGUAUUUGUGUAUGAAGUAAAGACAGACAAUGUUACUUGGAUGGCACAUACCGUACUGGUGAGGUGUGAGGUGCACACACUGUGCUCUGAUGUUUGUUCAGUGUCUGUUCUUCAGUUGCAGCUUUUAAAACGGCUGAGACACUUGAUUCUUCUACCAGAUGUUGGGACUUAUCCAACCAACUCCAGGCCACAGAUUCGAACAGUCUUCAUGCUAAUAAUGCACGUUGUUCCUGCUCAGCGAACAUGAAACAUGAAUAAAUCAUUUUAGUUUUUAAAA